CUAACGGCGUGCGUGCCGCCGUGGCGUCACUUCCGCAAACAGGAUGGCGCAGGCUUCGGCUCGGUUUCCAUUCUGAUCAAUGGACAAGGAGACUAACUUGUCAAAAAUGGCUGAUUUAACCAAGACAGAAGAACGGCAAGAAGAGAAGAGUUUGGAUGAAGAAGUGGAAAAAACCCCACAUACUUUAGAGGCAGAUUCAGAUAAUCAGUUAUAUUCAGGUGGAGAAGGUGAUAGUUCAACUUCAGGUACAGUGCACUCCACUGAAAAUGACAAAGAAGUUGAUAAUGGUAAUCAGGGUGGCCGAUUAAAAAGGAAGAAGUUAGAUGAUGAAGAUGAACCUCCUCAGAAACUACAUGUGAUAGGCCACGGGCAAGCUGUAGCUGCACAUUAUAAUGAACUUCAAGAAGUUGGAUUGGAAAAACGUAGCCAGUCUCGCAUAUUCUACCUCCGAAACUUUAAUAAUUGGACAAAAAGUGUUCUCAUUGGUGAAUUUAUAGACCGGGUACGACGGAAAAAGAAUGAUAUAGCUGUUUUAGAUCUAGGAUGUGGCAAAGGUGGAGACUUACUGAAAUGGAAAAAAGGAAGAAUUAAGAAACUUGUCUGUACUGAUAUUGCUGACAUUUCAGUGCAGCAGUGCAAGCAGCGAUAUGAAGACAUGAAAGCUCGAUGUCGUUAUAAUGAACAUAUUUUUGAUGCAGAAUUUAUACAAGCAGAUAGUACCAAGGAUCUCUUAUCUUCCAAAUACAAUGAUCCAGAUAUGCGCUUUGACAUUUGCAGCUGUCAAUUUGUUUACCAUUACUCAUUUGAGACAUAUGAGCAGGCUGACAUGAUGCUUAAAAAUGCUUGUGGGAACCUCUCUCCUGGAGGAUAUUUCAUUGGAACAACUCCAAAUAGCUUUGAACUUGUAAAGCGUCUGGAAGCUUCUGAAACAAAUUCAUUUGGGAAUGAGGUGUAUAAUGUUAAAUUUGAAAAGAAGGGAGAAUAUCCCUUGUUUGGCUGCAAGUAUGAUUUCCACUUAGAAGAAGUGGUUGAUGUUCCCGAGUUCUUGGUUUAUUUUCCAUUACUGGAAGAAAUGGCAAAGAAGCAUGGCAUGAAACUAGUCUAUAAAAUGACAUUUCGGGAAUUCUAUGAAGAAAAAAUAAAGAACGAAGAGCAUAAAAUGCUGCUAAGAAGAAUGCAGGCUUUGGAGCCAUAUUCUGCAUUUGGUGACUCCAGGCUUGUUUCUGAUAAACCUGAUGAUUAUGAGCAUGCAAAAGAGUUCAUCAGAGAUGGCAAGGCAAAGUUACCAUUGGGAACCUUGAGUAAAUCUGAAUGGGAAGCAACAAGUAUUUACUUGGUAUUUGCAUUUGAGAAGCAACAGUGAAACUUGAUGUAAUGAAUGCAGCAAGAAGAGAUCAUACCCGUGUGCAAGUUGGAAUGGUCAGAAAUCCAUUGUGGCAACUAUUUUUUUAUUUUUUAUUUUUUAAUUAUCAGAAGUGUGCAGGACACUACCAAAAACUAGAGCAAGCUCAUGAUUCUGAAUUACAUUGCCUGUCUGUGACAGAUGGACUUGUGUGUGUAUAUAUAAGAAAGAUUCCGAACCAGUCUUUUGAAACAUUUGUAAGCGGUCUGCAUGCUCUCAAAACUCAUGUUUAAACUUGACACAACUUUAUGUUAGAAAAAAUGUUUUGUUAGUAGAAAUAUGUUUGUGAUUACAAGCCUGACCCUGCACUUUGUGAAGUUGAUGGAAAAAGGACUGCUGAUAUUGGUAGUGCAGAAUGAGGGCCUAAAAAUUGUAGUGCAGAGCUCAAUUAAUUACUGAGAUACAUUCAAACAUAUAGGGUAUGUCUACAUUGCAUGCAGAGCUAAGUAGCAAUACCUGAUUCAUUUUGAGUACCUCUGUGCUGCUGUACUCAAGCCUGCAGUGUAAAUCUACCUUAGUGUGGUAUUCAAGAUUUAGUUUGCGUGGGUAGGUCCCAUGAUGUUCUUGUUUUUCGUGCUUGCUGAUAUGUAGUGUCAGUUGAUGGUGCUUUCAAGAUUAAAUGAGUUUGUUCUGAACAGAACUGCCCUGAAAGAACUGAAUUUCUAAAGUUUUAAACCUUUACAUUGUUUUUCCGAGUAUGACUAUGUGGUGAUCAAUAACAGCUGCUGAACUUAAUUACUAAUAAUUUUCUAUUGUAUUAAAGACUGUUCUGACUUUUUAGUAGUUUUAAUGUCUCCUGAAACUUCCUAGACAAAUCUUAGGAUGUGUUUUUUACUUGUUACAUAAAAUUCCAAAGGGAUCGGCAGAAGGGUGAGCUAUUAGUGACGAUGGGGACCUCACUACAGUCUUUAAGGCAUCAGGAACAUCAUCACAUGAUGCUUUUUAGAUCAUAAUCUAAAAGGGGAGUCUGUGUUACGUUUGAGGAGACUUGAAGUUCACUCUGGGAGGGAGGGCUUUGUAUGUGUGAACACACCCCAGUGCAUGUGGACAGCAAAUCCCUAAUUAGAGCCAAGUAAUUUAUUUGGGAGUGUAAUCUGAUGAUACCUACAGGCAGAACAGUUCCUAACCUGUUUUAAAGGUGGCCUAGAAAUUUCUGACAUGGUGUUUGCUGUGCUUUUAAUGUGCCAACCACUACUUGAAGGCCUGAGUACUUCAUAUUUUCCCUCUCUUCUUGGGCUUACGGCAGCUGUUUCCUGCUGUUGCUUAGCAUAGUUUACACAGAGAUGAAAUAAUGAAAUGUUGAUGAGUAUUUUGAAAAGCUAUGCUAAGCCUUGGAAAUAACAUGUCUGUUACAGAGUUAAAUGUUCAGAUGAUUUGAGUCUGUAGUUGUAUUACCUUUCCUCUGUAGUUAGGUCAUUAUCUUUGCUCCAUGACUCCUGAUUAUUUUUGUUGUUGUUGUUGUUGUAUAGAAGAACACCUAAACCCUUCACCAAAGCAAUAGAAUCACAGUCCUGCUGUUUAAAUUAAGAAAACAACAGUCUUGUCUGCUAGAAUCAGUACUCAUUAAACCAGCUGGAAAAUGCCAACACUAUAGAAGCACUGCCACGUUUCAUUGAAAUUUGUGUGUGUCAAAGCUAGUUUUGUUAGUUUUCUUGUAUCAAGUUUCAUUCAAGUACAUUGUUAUGCUAUUUUUGGAAGAAGUCAGAACAAUAAAAAGCAGGGAAAUACA